ACUCACUCAGAUAACAGUUGACAAUAUUAUGAAAAGAGAAACUAUUGAUUGAAGUUACUCGCAAAAAAACUAUUGAUUGGUUGAAAAAUGAAGGCACUCAAAAGUCAGAACUAAUGAAUAUUUGAAACUUCGAACCAAAAAGUAGUUUCCAAAAGAAAAAGAAAAAGAAAAACUUCGAACCAAAUAAUAUCCAUAGGUCUGCAUAAUAUAUCAUUAUUUCUUAUAUCAUAUAUAAAUAUUACAAUUAUAAAUGAGCCGAGAUAAUAAGACGAUGCCAAUCAACGCAAAUAAUAGAUCGUUAACACAUUAGUUAUGAUGUGAAUUCUAAAAAUAAUUCACACUUGAUUUUAUCUAAAAGAGUUAUAACACUAUAAAAAUUUAAAUCGAAGUGCUAAAAAUAAAAUAAGAUUUCAGCAGUUGUAAAAAAAAAAUUCAGAAAUCAACCGAAAUGUUUGAAAGUUUCACCCAAUACUCUCCUAAACUGUGGUUAUAAAUUCUCUUCUUCACAGCAUCUUCCAACAACCCAAACCACACGACAUUCUUCAUUCCCUCUCUAAAAACAGCAACCAAUGGGAGAAGCGGCGGAGCAAGCACGUGAAUAUGACUUCCACGUGACCACCACUAGGAAGCAGCUCAUCACGGCGGCUCUUCCACUCCAGGACCACUGGCUCCCUCUCUCAAACCUCGACCUCAUUCUUCCUCCUGUCCACGUCAGUGUUUGUUUCUGCUACAAGAAACCACGUAGCAUGACUAAUUCAAUGGCUCAUGAAACCCUCAAGACGGCUUUGGCGGAGACUCUCGUCUCCUAUUACGCUUUUGCCGGCGAGAUUGUCACUAAUCCCACCGGAGAACCUGAGAUUCUCUGCAACAACCGCGGUGUAGAUUUCAUGGAGGCCAGUGCUGACGUGGACCUCCGAGAGCUUAACCUCUAUGAUCCUGAUGAAAGUAUUGCCAAGCUUGUUCCCAUCAAGAAACACGGAGUCAUAGCGAUUCAGGUGACUCAACUGAAAUGUGGGAGCAUAGUUGUGGGAUGCACAUUUGAUCAUCGUGUAGCGGAUGCAUACUCCAUGAACAUGUUCCUUGUAUCGUGGGCCGAGAUCUCUCGAUCUGAUGUGCCAAUCUCUUGUGUACCAUCGUUUAGAAGAUCUCUAUUAAACCCUAGAAGACCAUUGGUCAUGGAUUCAGCUAUAGACCAGAUGUACAUACCUGUCACUUCCUUGCCCCCUCCGCAAGAAAUCACCAAUCCAGACAGUAUCCUUGCGAGCCGUCUCUAUUACAUCAAAGCGGAUGCCCUCGGAAAGCUUCAAACCCUAGCUAGAGGCUCAAAGAUGGAAGUUAAAAGGACAAAACUCGAAUCUUUCAGCGCGUUUCUAUGGAAACUCGUGGCCAAACAUGCAGCAAGAGAUCCAGUCCCGAGCAAGAACUCGAAACUAGGGAUCGUUGUGGACGGAAGGAGGAGACUUAUGGAGCAAGAAAACAAUACUUACUUCGGAAACGUUCUAUCAAUUCCAUUUGGUGGGCAACAGAUUGAUGACUUGAUCAACAAGCCAUUGUCUUGGGUGACCGAAGAGGUUCACAAGUUCUUGGAGACUGCUGUCACCAAAGAACAUUUCUUGAACUUGAUUGAUUGGGUUGAGACACGACGCCCAACACCUACGGUUUCAAGAAUCUACAGCAACGGGUCAGAGGACGGACCCGCCUUUGUGGUUUCUUCAGGGAGGAGUUUUCCGGUGUCCCAAGUGGAUUUCGGGUGGGGCUCGCCGGUGUUUGGAUCUUAUCAUUUCCCAUGGGGAGGUAAUGCAGGAUAUGUGAUGCCUAUGCCGAGCUCGGUGGAGGAUGGAGACUGGAUGGUUUACUUGCACCUCACGAAAGGACAGUUGAAGUUUAUUGAGGAAGAGGCUUCUCAAGUGCUUAAACCCAUUGACAAUAAUUACCUCAAAAUUUAAAACCCUAAUCUGUUGUUAAUGCAAUAUCUAUUACGGGUCUUUUGUGUUAUGCAUGUCAUAUGUGAUAUUAUGUUUGUCUUGGGUCUUUGUUUUUUUUUUUGUAAUAUAAUCGUUGACGUAUUUGAAUUAUGUGUAUAAUGUACUUUGUGUAUCUAAUCAUAUAUAUAUCCCUUUGA